CCAUGUCCCCCCGCCCGCAGAUCAAGGUCGGCGUCCUCGGAGCAACCGGCACAGUCGGCCAGCGCUUCAUCGAGCUCCUCGCCGCCCACCCCUACUUUGCCCUCCACGCCCUCGGCGCCUCCUCCAGGUCCGCAGGGCAGCAGUACGCCCGUGUCGUCCGCUGGAAGCUCCCGAGCCCCAUCCCAGACGCCGUCCGCCACAUGGUCGUCCACGAGUGCAGGCCGGACGCCCCCGGCUUCGCCGAAUGUGGCGUCGUCUUCAGCGGCCUCGACGCCGACGUCGCGGGCGAUAUCGAAAACGCAUUCAGAGCGGCCGACCUCGUCGUGUACUCGAACGCGAAAAACUACCGCAGAGACCCGCUGUGCCCGCUCAUCGUCCCCCUCGUCAACCCGUCCCACCUCUCCAUCAUCCCCUACCAGCGCGAACAGCUCGGCCUCAAAAAGGGCUACAUUGUCACCAACGCCAACUGCUCCACCACCGGCAUCGUCGUCCCCCUCGCCGCCCUCGAAAAGGCCUUUGGGCCCCUCGACACCGUCAUCGUCACCACCCUCCAGGCCAUCUCUGGCGCAGGCUACCCCGGCGUAAGCAGCUUGGAUAUCAUGGACAACGUCGUCCCCCUCAUCAGUGGCGAAGAAGACAAGAUCGAAUGGGAGACCAACAAGAUCCUCGGCGGCGUCACACCCGACAACAAGGCGUUCGACCUCCACGCGCCCAAACAGAUCAACGUCUCCGCCACAUGCACCCGUGUCCCCGUCAUCGACGGCCAUACCGGAUGCGUCUCUGUCAAGUUUGCCAGAUCGCCCCCGCCCUCCGUCGCAGAGGUCGAAAACGCUUUCAGAGAAUACACAUGCGACGCGCAGCACCUUGGCGUCCCCUCCGCCCCAGCCCAGGCCAUCGUCGUCCACGAUGCGCCAGACAGGCCGCAGCCCAGGCUCGAUAAAAACCUCCACAACGGUGCCUGUGUGAGCGUCGGCAGGAUCAGAGAGUGUCCCGUCUUUGACAUCAAGUUUGUCUGCUUGAUCGAUAAUGUCAGACUGGGUGCCGCUACGUCUUCAAUCAUCAAUGCCGAGAUUGCGGUCGAGAAGGGUUUGAUCCAGUAGUUUUGAUAGAUUAGUUGGUAACUCCAAAAAAUGAGCAUAUGGUAUAUGCAUUGCAUCUUACGUUGCAACUAGAGAAUGUCUAUGUAACUUGGUCUACAGGAA